UGCGUAAGUGAAGAACACAUGGUUCCCCGUGACACCUCAAUUCCUUUUAUACUCUUUUCUCCUCCCUCCUCCCCCUCCCUCUCCCCAUUCUUAAUUUCUUAUUCAGUUCCCACUUCCCACUUCUUCCGCUUCUCAUAUAUACAUUCAUACUUCCCCCUUCGUUAUCCUCAAACCAAGAACAAUUUCCAUGGCAUCCCUCGAAUCAAUUAUAAACGCUCCAGAACCUUCCACCAAUAACCCCGAAACUACCUCACCCGAUGCUGAUUCCAAUCCCAACAAACGCCGCAAAAUCGGACACCGCACUGUCGCCGCCGAUGCCUCUCUCAAUCAUCUCCAUUGGACAUCCCAAUCCGAGCAGCGCCAUGACCGCUCUCGCCGAGUUACUCGCUGGUGGUGGCUCGCCGAGUGGACUCGCCGGUGAAUCGUUAAGUUGACCAUCCCGAGUUCUUUUUAGAUCAAUCAGAUGCCUUGGCCAUAUCGUGCCAGGUGUUUCUUUAUUUUUUUAUUUUUUUUUUAGUUUUUGUUAGUGUUAUCAUAUUGGCUUCUUUUUUUCAUUUUUAAUUUUACUCUUUAUUUUUUUUUUCUUUUUGAUUCAUGUAUUCUAUAUAAUCGUGUACAUGCCAUUUGCUGCUGCUUCUUUUUUUUUCCCUC